GAUCACAUCUCGGCAUCCCAGCCUGAGCCUCGCCGACUGGACAGUGGUAUUGGCAGUGGUGACCUUGAGAGUGUGGAGGAUGAUGAAAGAACAUUGAAUGGCUUGUGUUUUUCGCAGCCUGUUCAUCUAGAUCACAUGUUAUUAAGUACACAGAUGCAAUGUACACCAGGUGCAUCACAGGUAAAGGAAAAUCAACAUCAAUUUUCUCCUAACUAUAUAAGCAAGUAAUGAUGAAAAAUUGUUACGAGAAUUAAAAAAAUGAUCACCACCGAUAAACCAAUGAAAAACUCUUUAAGAAAUUUCAUGUAAAAGACUCAGUGCCAAAUUUUAUGGUUAUAAGGAGCCAAUUUUUCAACUUUCUAAAAUUCCUCUUUUUCUCUUUAUUAAUUUUUAUGUAAAUGUUAGUUUGGGCUAUAGAAAAUUAUGAUGAUUAUUAUUACUCACUGACUACUUAAUAUUUGAUGUCAGUAAUUCCUCUUUUUCAGACUCCGUUCCAAAGACUGGUCAAGAGAAUGACACGUUUUCACACAAAGAAGACUCCAGACAAGACACUAAAAAAGUUGAAGGAAGUUCUAGACAGUCUCAAAUAUAACUUUGCUGUUAAUUCCCAAAGUCAGGUAGACACAUUUUAACUUUAAAAUGUCAGCUAACACCAUCAUUCCAUGAAAAAUUUUAAACCAUGUCACUAUGGUGUCAGCUGAAAACCAGCAAUUGAUGUCUACUAAAAUCCCCCCUUGACCAAUAAAUUUUGAAAAAAUUAAUGUAAUGUAAAUAUUAUUCUUUUCAAUUAGGUGACAAUUUACACUGCUGACAGAAGGCAAAAUAAACUAAGCAUCAAAGUGAAUCUAAUAGACAUGAGCUCUUCUUUGUUAGUUGACUUCAGAUUAUCCAAGGUAAGAAGAUGUAAUAUAUCAAACAUGAGAUGCAGUGUUUCAUCACCAGAUGAAACACCGAGAAGAGAGUUGAAAAUACGACGCGCAGCGGAGUAUUUUUGACGAACUUCGAGGUGUUUCAUCUGGNUAGACACAUUUUAACUUUAAAAUGUCAGCUAACACCAUCAUUCCAUGAAAAAUUUUAAACCAUGUCACUAUGGUGUCAGCUGAAAACCAGCAAUUGAUGUCUACUAAAAUCCCCCCUUGACCAAUAAAUUUUGAAAAAAUUAAUGUAAUGUAAAUAUUAUUCUUUUCAAUUAGGUGACAAUUUACACUGCUGACAGAAGGCAAAAUAAACUAAGCAUCAAAGUGAAUCUAAUAGACAUGAGCUCUUCUUUGUUAGUUGACUUCAGAUUAUCCAAGGUAAGAAGAUGUAAUAUAUCAAACAUGAGAUGCAGUGUUUCAUCACCAGAUGAAACACCGAGAAGAGAGUUGAAAAUACGACGCGCAGCGGAGUAUUUUUGACGAACUUCGAGGUGUUUCAUCUGGUGAUGAAACACUGUGUCGAAUGUUUGAUAUUUCUUCUCAAACAAAAUCAUUUUUGAAGGAGAAAUUAAGGAUGCAGAUACUAAGCAGUGUUUCAUCCGAUUUCCAAACACUCAUUAAACAUUAAUUUCCUUUGUAUUUUCUUAAUGAAUUAUUAAUGAGUUUGAGAAGUGCAGUUCAAACCUUAUUCAUACUGAACGCUCACAAAAUCGAUUUACAUCUACAUGUACCCUUGUACAAUGUACAACUGUAGCUCUCCCAUCAACAUGCAUGCAAUGAAACCUGGUUCUUGCUUAAUUUAGUGUUACUUAAUUUUUUUGUAAAGUAGACACAAGCCUUGGAAAAUCCUCCACUCUUCCCGUACCACAUGUACAUUUAGUGAGGGAAAUAAAUUAUUAUCCAAUCUUUGCAGAGGUUGAAAGUAACACUGAUUUAUUUUCAUAGGGAGAUGGUCUGGAAUUUAAACGUCACUUUUUAAAGAUUAAGGCACAGAUGAAGGACAUCAUAGACAGAGCUUAA